AUGGCAGACCAUGGCGCUACUGAAGACACGGGGACUAGAAGAAGCUCGCGCAUCUCAAGAGCUUCACUACGUAAUGACACGGCCUCUCUCGAUGAGUAUGGAAUACUUGUCAAAUAUGUUUCGACCUAUCGAGAAGUUGGUGCCGUGCAGUCAGAGGCAGACAAGGUUGAAGAACAUCGCGUAUGGUAUGCCCCAUGGGUAAAGCGCAAGGUGCGGACCAAGCAUGCAGAGGACCAGGCAGGUCAGUAUCCAGAAGACUGGCUCAUCACCGAUAUUCGUGAGGGUCUAUCGAGUGAGACAGUCAACCAGCGCCGUCACCGAUCUGGCUUGAACGAGCUGGUCUCAGAGAAGGAGAAUCCCAUUGCAAAGGUCCUGUCUUACUUUCGCGGACCUAUUCUCUAUGUUAUGGAACUUGCAGCACUGCUGGCUGCUGGACUUCAGGAUUGGGUUGAUUUUGGGGUCAUUAUUGGCAUUCUUUGUUUAAACGCCUCCGUUGGGUGGUAUCAGGAGAAGCAGGCUGCCGACGUGGUCGCAAGUCUGAAAGGCGAUAUUGCCAUGCGGGCAACUGUCAUUCGUGACAGCCAUCAACAAGAGAUUCUGGCUCGUGAAUUGGUCCCCGGCGAUGUGAUCGUCAUUGGUGAGGGUCAGGUAGUUCCAGCAGAUGCAAAAAUCAUCUGCGACUACAACGACGUAAAUGGCUGGGAAGAGUUCUGUCAGCUUCAUGAACAAGGAAGUCUUGAUGGAGAGUCCGAUUCUGACGACUCUGAUGCUGCACCCAAGAAUGACAAUGCCUGUCAAAACGUCAAGGAAGGCCAGGGGGUUGUUGAAGACGGAGGCGCUGACGAGCCAAAACCACAUCGUACCCGAAAGCGUGGGUAUCCUAUUCUCGCAUGUGAUCAUUCAGCUAUAACUGGUGAAUCUUUGGCUGUGGAUCGGUACAUGGGAGACAAAGUCUUCUACACAACUGGAUGCAAGCGUGGAAAGGCUUAUGCAGUGGUUCAAACUGGUGCAAAGACCUCCUUUGUUGGUCGUACUGCAAGCAUGGUCCAAUCUGCUAAAGGUGCAGGACACUUCGAAAUUGUGAUGGACAGAAUCGGAAUCUCGCUUCUAGUUCUUGUGAUGGCUUGGAUUCUCGCUGCCUGGAUCGGUGGAUUCUACCGAAAUCUUCCAAUUGCGUCUCCAGGCGAGCAAACCCUACUCCAUUACACGCUUUCCUUGCUCAUCAUUGGAGUUCCUGUUGGUCUUCCCGUUGUGACCACUACAACCAUGGCUGUGGGUGCGGCAUACCUCGCUAAAAAAAAGGCCAUUGUGCAGAAGCUAACGGCAAUCGAGUCUUUGGCGGGAGUUGACAUACUCUGCUCAGAUAAAACUGGGACGUUGACCGCGAACAAAUUGAGUAUUCGAGAACCAUUUGUGGCUGAGGGCGUCGAUGUGGACUGGAUGUUCGCGGUUGCUGCCCUUGCAUCAUCACAUAAUGUGGAAUCGUUGGAUCCGAUUGAUAAGGUCACAAUCUUGAGUCUCCGUCAAUAUCCUAAGGCGAGAGAAAUCUUGCGACGUGGGUGGAAAACUGAGCAGUUUACCCCAUUCGAUCCCGUAUCAAAACGAAUUGUGACUGUUGCGACCUGUGAUGGAAUCAGAUACACUUGCACUAAAGGUGCCCCCAAAGCAGUGCUUCAGCUCACAAAAUGCUCGAGGGAACUAGCGAGUGUGUACAAGGCUAAAGCCCAGGAAUUCGCCCACCGUGGCUUCCGCUCUUUGGGUGUUGCAGUUCGGAAAGAAGGCGAAGACUGGGCUUUACUCGGAAUGCUCCCAAUGUUCGACCCGCCGAGAGAGGACACCGCACAGACAAUCAGUGAGGCUCAAAACCUUGGUAUCAGCGUGAAAAUGCUCACUGGCGAUGCGAUUGCAAUUGCUAGAGAAACAUGCAAAAUGUUGAACCUCGGCACCAAGGUGUAUAAUUCUGACAAGCUUAUUCAUGGCGGCCUUAGUGGUGCGAUGGCCAGUGACCUUGUUGAGAAAGCAGACGGCUUUGCGGAGGUCUUUCCAGAACACAAAUACCAGGUUGUGCAGAUGCUCCAGGAACGCGGUCAUUUGACCGCGAUGACCGGCGACGGUGUUAACGACGCGCCGUCCCUGAAAAAGGCGGAUUGUGGAAUUGCGGUUGAAGGAGCUUCAGAAGCCGCUCAAUCUGCUUCGGAUAUCGUAUUCCUGGAGCCUGGCCUAUCUACAAUCAUUGACUCGAUCAAGGUUGCUCGCCAGAUUUUCCAUCGGAUGAAGGCCUAUAUCCAGUAUCGGAUUGCCCUCUGUUUGCACCUUGAAAUUUAUCUUGUGACGGCUAUGAUAAUUCUCAAUGAGAGUAUUCGUGUCGAGUUGGUCGUUUUCUUGGCUUUGUUUGCAGACCUUGCGACAGUUGCGGUUGCAUACGAUCAUGCGUCGUUCGAAUUGCGUCCGGUGGAGUGGCAGCUCCCCAAGAUCUGGAUCAUCUCGGUCUUUCUUGGUGUCUUACUUGCACUGGGUACUUGGGUUGUCCGUGCCUCCAUGUUUCUUCCAUCAGGGGGUGUCAUUCAGAAUUGGGGCUCCAUCCAAGAGGUCGUUUUCUUGCAAGUGGCAUUGACGGAGAAUUGGUUGAUAUUUGUGACUCGCGGAAGUGACACCUGGCCAUCCAUUCAAUUGGUGUCCGCGAUUCUGGGAGUAGACAUUCUGGCCACUCUCUUCUGUUUAUUUGGCUGGUUCACGAAUGAGAACAUGGUCACUGAUCCUCGCGACAGCUUCGUCGAGACCACGGACGGAUGGACAGAUAUCGUGACCGUAGUGCGGAUUUGGGGAUACUCACUUGGGGUUGAGAUUGUGAUCGCAUUAGCCUACUUCAUUCUCAACAAAAUCUCGUGGCUUGAUAACCUUGGACGUGCGAAACGCAGCAAGGGUGAUAUCAAAAUCGAGAAUGUUCUGGGCCAUCUCGCUCGGCUUACAAUCGAAUAUGAGGAGCCAAAUAAGCCAAAGGGUCGGUACUUUCUCUCGGCUAGCAAGGAAGAGGAGGACCUGGAGUGA